GCAAGUGGCGUCCUGGGAAUUGUCUGUGCAGCUGUUGGUUGAGCAGCCGCAGUCAUCGCAGCUCAGUCGGAAAUCACACUUGGCGGCAGAAUGGAGGGGAGUGUAUCCUCGGUCAUCUUUCUGGUUCACAUCUGCCCCGGCUCUCACCAGAUCUGCAACCAGCCCGUGCCUGAACACAAUAUUUGUCACCACUACUGCUAUCAAAUUGUCCUGCCUGUUGCCAUCAUAGGAUUCAAAGUGCAACACAGUAUACUUGUCCAGGCCGCCGUAGGGAAAUGGUAUCUUUGGAUCCGCCCCAGCUGCUAACAGGGCCAGGACUGUGUCUCGAAAGUUUGGCGAGCAGGGAUGCCAGUAGACUGUGAAACUGUCAAAAGCUGCGUGAAGGGCUGUCUCUUUGGCUUUGUCCAAAGCAUCAACUUCCAUGCCCGCAACGCCUGUCAGGUACUUGACGCUUGCGCUCUGCCAAGCCACAGCUGCAGUAUGGAGGACAGACAGGCAAUCGCCUUCGUGAUUGCCAAAAGCAGCGUAAUUACUGCACCACCCAGGUGGAUUGUCCCCUUGGCACUCUGUCGGCUGGCCUUCGUAGCACUUAGAAAGCUCAUCGAGAUACGUGUACGGUUUGGUGGCCCGUAUAUGCUCCACUAGCUUUGACAGCUCCUGGACAUCGCCCGUCGCAGAUGCGUUAUGCAGCUGUGCAGUCAGGUCCUGCGAAGUCACACUUGGUGCCAGCAAACACAGCACACACAGAGUAAUUAGC